AUGAAAGCGGGUUGCCAUGUGUGUCAACCCAGAUUCCGAACUGGGUCACGGCCAGUCGUGGUUUGUGAUAUAAUAGGUCGAGUAAGAGGCGGCGGGAACGAGGUGGAAGGAAAAAAGGAAAGGAGAAAUGAGGUCGAGGAGGACGUGGAUGAUCAGAUGAAGCUACUGCAGAAUUCCUGGUCAGACAUGCUCAUACUGGAUCACAUGCACCAACGGUUGCACAACCAUUUACCAGACGAGACGACUUUGCCAAAUGGCCAAAAGUUUGACAUGUUGUCAUUGGCACUACUGGGCACCUCCAACGACCCCGUCCAGAAGGAACGGUUCAACGAAUUGUCUGCGAAACUCCAAGAGCUCAAGUUUGACCUGUCCGACUACGUGUGUCUCAAGUUUUUGUCCCUCCUCAAUCCAGUGACAACAAUGGGAGUCUACAACAUCCUGGCAGUGACAUCUGCAAUUUUCAUGACGGUGUUAUCCUUCGGACAUCACUGGGUCAAAUUAGUGACAACAAUGGGAUUCUACAACAUCCUGGCAGUGACAUCUGCAAUUUUCAUGACGGUGUGCUUCCAGCUGGUCAAGCCUUGUGAAGAAGUUGGUGGCAAGUUGGUCUGCAUGGAUGUAUGCAAUGUGAAGAAACCUGGACAGUAUGAUUUCAAGGUGGAUUUCCAGGGCAACAGGUUGGAUCUCUCCUGUGUUGCAUACAAAGGACUCAAGGUGCAGCUGUUUAAGAAAACAUUCUGCAGAGGAAGAUCAAAUGGCAUGGAAGAGAUUGUGGAGCCCUGGGACUACUGUUUCUUCAACUGUUUGGGUUAUGGCAUGGAAGAGAUUGUGGAGCCCUGGGACUACUGUUUCUUCAAGUAUGAAAAGAAAACAACAGAAAAAGUGGUUAUGGAAGAGCUAGAGGACAAGGAAGCCAUUCAGGAGAAACAGAACCUUUUCCUUCGUUCCUGUUGUUGGGACAGAAGUGGUUUAAAGUAG